CUCACUGCUGAGCAAACUCAGCACUGAAAGGCAGGAAGAGAGCAAGAGAGAGGUGGAAGAAAAGGGGGAGUGACGACAGCAGGCACUUUCAGAAAAAGCUCCUUUUUAUAGAUUUCAAAAGUCAAAAGGGACUGACAACUGAGACGUAUCUUUUCUCCUUGGAAUUGUUUAUCUCUUUAUUCCAUGAGUGCUGCAAGUGUGCUCAGGUCUUUCAGUCCAUCAGCAAUGCCUGGCCCAGUAAUGCCGAUAGAUGUGGCUAUGAGAUUCUACAUCAGUCACUCUCCGCCUCCUCUCCGGGGUUUCCUCAGCUCUUACGAUGAGCUGCAGAGGGCCAAGAACCGGGUCAACCAGACCACCCGCAGCCACAACCAGCAGCUCUACAAACCCCUGCGGCCCUGCCUUAGCAACCAGCAGAAAGCGUUGGAUGAUGGCGUCUGCAUGGGCUGGAACAACAAGGCUGGCAAGAAGAAGGUGGUGUUUGCAGACACUAAGGGUAUGUCACUCACCGCCAUCCACGUCUUCUCUAAGUUUGACGAUGAGCCAUAUCAAAACAAGCAUUGCAAAGGAAUCAUGGAGGAUCUACAGUUUGACAUGACAGACCUGGAAGCAGCCACAAUGGAUCUAAAGAUCAGCUCGGUGCGCAGCCUUGCGCUGGACUUUAACCAGCCCUCAGCUGACUACCUGGAUUUUAGGAACCGCCUGAUUCGUAACUCGGUCUGCUUGGAGAACUGCUCACUGCAGGAGCGCUCGCUGACCGGCACCAUCAAGGUUCGGAACAUGGGUUUUCAGAAGUCGGUGCAGGUGCGCACCACAUUCGACUCGUGGGCCAGUUUCACUGAUGUCGAAUGCACCUUCAUGAACAACGUCUACAGCUGCCAGGAUACUGACACCUUUGCAUUUGUCCUGGAGCUGCCCCCCUACAUCCCACCACAGAAUCGGGUUGAGUUCUGCAUCUGCUUCAAAGUCCAGGACCAGACCUUCUGGGACAAUAAUGACGGCAAGAACUAUGUUCUCAAACAUGUUGGCUGGAACGGAGAGGACCUGAAGAGACCCCCAUCUUCUAUUGCACAGAAGAAGCCUUCAGAGCACAAAAACGGGGAUGUGAAGCUGCUGGAGAUGGAGCUUGACCAGUUCGGCAGCCCACGCAUGUCCAGCGGACUCUUUCCUGGCUGGCAGAGCUGGGGUCAGAUUGAUACCACCGUGCCUUAUUGGUGAAAACAUCAGAAUGUUUGCUGAAAUGGCAUUAAAAUAAGAUAACAGACUCUGGUGUGGCAUUGAGUACGAAUCCAGUUGUGGGUUUGAGCUUAGACUGGCUCUCAAAAACUCAAGCAAACUACUGCUUUUUUUUUUUUUUUGCAGAGGAAGUGCACAAACCAGACUAACUGUAAUUGUGCUCAGCUUACCAGCUUUUUGCUGUAAAGUGGUCAUUUGUCCUGAGAGACUUGAGGAUCUGUGGUUUGGAAGAUCUCUCUCCCAUUUGUUUCAAAUAUUCCUCUAUUGUAAAAUAUGUGCCUUCUCAGAGUGCCUGCCCACUAAAAUACAGACUAUUUGUACAGUCCACGACAAAUGUUAAGCACCUUUUGAGGGCCUGAUGUAUUGGUUAAAUAUGCACUGAUUGAGAUGUCCCUCUCAAUGUUAUGUCUGUAAACUGAAGCAGUGGAAAUGGGGCUGAUUUAGUCCUUCAUAUUGAAGGGAAAGUAUGAGGAGUGCAUGACAAUGAAAUGCUUCUCUGCUAAAAGAAACACAGCUGUUCAUUUUGAAUGAAAAAUGUACACUAAACUUUUGCACCUUCAAAAGGAAAGAAAAUAAUUGAACGUGAUUAUAAAUGGUCACACUUCUAAACUUUUAGCCAUGCAGCCCUUUCUUUCCCUUCGUGUAGAUUGCACAUGUUUGUCUGAUGAAAAAUGUUUGGCUGAUGUAAUUUUGAGGUAAGUUAAGGAACUGAGCUGCUAUCAACAGAUGUGUCACGAGAGAGACUCUGCAUGUGAUUGGUUGUCCUAAACAGGGAAGAAGUUUGGAAAUCUCUGUGGUUAUGGUAUGUCAAGAAAGGGUUGAUGUAAAGACAGGUUGUUUUGUUUUAUGCGCUGAGUGUACAGUAUGUCUGGCUGGAAUUGAGAUUUUCCUUUUUUUGAAAAGAAUCUACUUUUUUUUCUCAUAGUAAAGAGAGGUCUGUGCCCCAGCAUAUAUUUCACUUGAAGGUGUGUGUUGCUGACGUGCACAAUGUCAGUCAUGUAUUUCCCUUUCAGAAAUAAAUUUCUAUAUUUGUGCAAA